AUGCUGCUCACGUUCACUCUCCAAGCUUUGGACAAGGUCUCAAUAGCGGCCUGCUUGAUGCUUACGAUCUCUCCUAGAAGCUCGCACUCUCUCUCACCAGCCUCACUCCUCGACAUAUACGAGGAAGAGCGCGUCCCCGUCAGCCGCGAGAUGCUCUGCCUAACGUCAAACAUAACUGCCGUCCCAUAUCGCACUUCGGUGCGGCAAGCAGCAUCUGGGGCUGCUUGGUGGGCGUGGGAAGGCGGUGCGACGAGCGUCUUCGACUUCAUUCGCCCGACGCGGCAUGUCGUGCUCGUCUUCGAUACGGCGCUGGAGAAGGAGGUUGCGGAGUACAUUCGCAAGCUCCCUCAGGAUGCUGUCUGGGCUGUGGCGCUCGUCAAGCAGGGCGAGCGGACGUUUUGGCCCGAUCUGCCUCGUCUUUCGGACGUCGAAGGACAUGCGCGGCAGGCUUACGGUGCCGAUGAGGGCGUCAAGGUUGCGGUCAUCCGUCCGGACGGCGUGGUCGGGGCUCUGAUGAAGAACGCAAGCGGGUUAGAUCUGUACUUCUCAAAGUUUUUCGCGCCUGCUUGA